CUCUUGGCCUUUCGCUGUGUCUGACACCAUCCAGCCUGUGGCAUUGCUGGUGAAGAGGCCUUUCAUAGCUGUGAACACACCAGAAUCCUCAUGGCUGACAGAGCUGCUGUGGACCUUUUUUGUACCGUUCACAGUGUACCAUGUAAGAUGGCUUCCACCACUGUCUAAAGAAGAUGGUGAAUCCCAUCAAGAAUUUGCCAGCAAAAUACAAGAGCUGCUGGCCACCGAGCUGGGCGUGAUCUCCACACAGAUCACUAAAGCAGACAAAGCCGAGCACAUCAAAAGAAAAAGACACACUGCCGCUCAGACUGCACAUUCAAGUAAGAACGGAUUCAAUGAUUUAGGUGCCAGACCUCCCACAGUGGCACAGGGUUUCCUGGGCACAAAUGCAGGAGCUGAAGACACACGAGUAGCACGUAUGGCGCAGCAGGUGAAAGAGGUGCUGCCUGACGUCCCAUUAUCGGUCAUCACCAGAGACUUGUUGCAGACCAACUGUGUGGACACAACCAUAACCAACCUGCUGGAGAAUACUGACCAGUUCACCUCGGAGGCAGCUGUGGGCACACCUUCAGGUCCAGCUAAACAAGCAGCUUCUUCCACUCCGUCUGUAACAGAAUCCACACCCAAUUUGAAGCCAGCUGCCAAAUCUUUUGGGAGAACACCCAUAGACAGACAUAUGUCUCUACAGGAAAGAAAAGAAGCCUUCUACGAAUAUGCAAGAAGACGAUACAUUGAAAAACAUGGACUGAACAAACAGGACGAUCUAUGACCGUGGACAAAGACACACCUGAGGAAUUGUUUAGGAAAGACAGCUGCUUAACACAAAAUCCACAUAGACAAAGAAAAAAUUAUAGAGUUGACCCAGAAUGAAACAACAGUUGAGUUCACCAAACAUGUCGAGAGAAGACUGGAUUUUUUUCCUUUCUUGUUUUUGUUUCUUUGUAAAUCUUCUUGCAUGGCAAUCAUGCAUGUCUUUUUAUUAUUUCUCUCUGCAACAGAAAACAAUUAUUUUGGUAAACAAUUUGUAUUAAGACCCAGUGACCUUGGCACACUUCAUAUUAUUUUUAUAUGGUCCUUGGGUAGAGAAUAGGGGAUCAGAAACAUAUGACAGUGAGCUAAAACACAACUUGAGGUUCAUUAUGUUGUCAAGGAUACAUGUUGAUGCAAUAUCAGCUUUUAAAGACAUUAAAAAAUCAUAUGG